GCAGCAUACAUAAGGGGAAGUAGAGAAACGCGAAACCUGCCUACACUGGGCUUGGGAACAGGAGACGUGGACACACCAGGAGACAGUGGGAUGGCCCGGGCUGCCCUCCAGCUCCUGACCCUUCUCUGGGCUGUGACAAGGACCAGCACCCAGACCCAAAGCUCAUGCUCUGUUCCCUCAGCAAAGCAGCCCUGGGUCAAUGGCAUCCAAGUGAUCAUGGAGGACUCGGUGAUCAACUCCACCUUCCCAAACCCCAGCAUCCUGAUUGCCAUGAACCUGGCUGGAGCCUACAACUUGGAAGCCCAGAAGCUCCUGACUUUCGAUCUCAUGGCCAGUGACACAGCCGGUCUGACCACUGGUCAGCUCGCCCUCACCAUCAUGGCCCUCAUCUCCUCCUGCCGAGACCCUGGGGACAAAAUAUCGACUCUGUGGACACAAAUGGAGGACUGGACACCUUCCAGCCUCGAUUCCUAUGCUUCCACCUUCUAUGGGCCCAGUUUGGCCAUCCUGGCUCUGUGCCAGAACAACCCAGAGACAGCCUUACCCAUAGCAGCCCGCUUCGCCAAGGUCCUGCUGGCCAGCUCGUCUCCCUUUGACGUGGACGCGGGAGCAGUGGCGACCUUGGCUCUGACCUGUAUGUACAACAGGAUCCCCAUAGGUUCGGAGGAAGGGUACCGCGCCCUGUUCGCUCAGUCACUAAAGAAGAUCGUGGAGGAUAUCAGCACGAGGAUCCGAGACAACGGCAUCAUCGGAGACAUCUACAGCACUGGCCUUGCCAUGCAGGCUCUCUCCGUGACACCUGAGAGACCUAACAAGGAGUGGGAUUGCCAGCAGACGGUGGAUACUAUACUGGACGAGAUCAAGGAGGGGAAAUUCCAAAACCCCAUGUCCAUCGCCCAAAUCCUCCCUUCACUGAAAGGCAAGACCUACCUAGAUGUGCCCCAAGUGUCCUGCAGCCCUGAUCAAGAGGUGAAACCAACUCAAUCCGACUUUCCCAGCCCUGUUCCCACCUCAGCCUCCAACAUCACUGUCGUCUACACCAUAAGUAACCAGCUGAGGGGCGUGGAGCUGCUCUUCAACGUGACCAUCAGUGUGAGCGUGAAGAAAGGAUCCGUGCUGCUCGUCGUCCUGGAGGAAGCACAGCGCCGGAACCCCAAGUUCAAAUUUGAAACAACCAUGACAUCCUGGGGACUUCAGGUCUCUUCAAUUAACAAUAUCGCUGGAAAUGUUAAUGACAAGACAUACUGGCAAUUCCUGAGUGGCAAAACACCUUUAAUAGAAGGAGUCGCUGACUACAUACCCUUCAACCGCGAGCACAUCACAGCCAACUUCACUCAGUACUAAGAGAAGCGGGACUGAGCUUCUAUCAAAUGUCCCCAAGGGAUGGCUGGAAUUGUUUUUCACAUCAUUUGAAAUCUAUGCAAAAAAAAAAAAAAAAAGUGGGCAUUUACGAUGCCACCAUAUUACUGGUUAAAAUAUGGAAACCACAAUGUAAAAUAAAUGAUGCAAAUCGC